UCACGUUGGACAAAGUAGCGCGAGACCUUUCCGCUGACGAACGUGGUACAGCUUCCCGAGCUCGUCUUUCACCAAAUCUUCCAAGUACUGCUAUUUGCGACUUAUCCGCGCCGGUCUCCACACAAGCUGUGACGUCGAGCUGUCAACAUCGAUCGAAGCUGCUCCCUCGGUUGCCAACUCGAACGUGGCCCGUCGACAUCGAUACCGAUAGACCCCUUGCGACAGACAACCUAAUGCAAUAUUCGAAGACAUAAUUUGCAUUCUUCGUCGCCAGAUGACCACAAGCCCGGAAACAGCGCAAUGGGCGACCUCUUGGGCGGUCUCUCGCCGGCCGGAGGCAUAGCCCUAGGUAUCAUUGUCGGCAUUCUUUCCACGAGCGUGCAGAGCGUGGGUCUUACAUUACAACGAAAGUCACACAUCCUCGAAGACGAAAAGGUGCCACACGAUGUGCGACGGCCGCCGUAUCGAAGGCGGCGGUGGCAGGUCGGCAUGGGCAUGUUCCUCGUCGCCAACAUCCUCGGCAGCUCCAUACAGAUAUCGACGCUGCCGCUCCCCGUCCUCUCCACGCUCCAAGCCGCGGGCUUGGUGUUCAAUUCGAUAUGUGCAACCAUCAUACUGCACGAGCCCUUUACCCGGUGGUCCUUGUACGGCACGACACUCGUGACCGCUGGCGCUGUCCUCAUUGCUAUCUUUGGCGCUAUACCGUCACCCGCACACGAUCUUCGAGAGUUGUUGGUCCUUCUGGGCCGACGACCUUUUGUGAUAUGGAUGGUCCUGCAAGGACUCUCUGUGGUGGCCAUCGCAGUGGUGAUGGAUGUUGUCAACGCAGUCUCAAGCCUUUCGCACGAUGCGAGGUUCCGUCUCGUGCGCGGUAUAGUGUACGGUGUUAUCAGUGGCAUGCUGUCAGCGCAUGCGCUUCUCUUUGCCAAGUCGGCCGUGGAGUUGAUCAUCAAGACGGCGAGCGGCAAGAACCAGUUCACGCAAUGGCAAUCUUGGAUGAUUGUCCUUGCGUUGGUGGCCUUGGCGCUCUGCCAGCUGUACUACCUACAUCGGGGGCUGAAGCUUGUUUCGACGUCCGUCUUGUACCCCUUGGUGUUCUGUGUUUACAACAUCAUUGCGAUCCUGGACGGCUUGAUCUACUUUGAUCAGACCAGCUUGAUUUCGCCGCUUCGGGCUUGCCUGAUCGCGCUUGGAACAGUGAUUCUGCUUGCUGGCGUGCUUGCUCUAUCGUGGCGGCUGAGCGAGGAACAGCAUGCUCCCGCUGUUGGCCAAUCUUCACUGGCGCCCGGUCUCGGGCUCAUCGAGGAUACGGAUGGUGAAGAAGAUUCGCUUCUUGGAUCUGGUUCUGCCGCGGACGACACUGAGUCUGGCUCAGGAUAUCAGACCUUUCCUACGAUCAACGGAGAUACAACACCGCUGACCCCUACCCGUAAGAAGGGCUUCAGGUGGGCCGAGCAGGCGGAAAUUUGGGGCGAGUUGGAGGAUCAGGAUGAAGCAACUACGCCAGUUAGUCGCUUGCGCUCGAGUACACUGCCAGGUCGAUCCGAGUCAUCGCCGCUUCUGUCACAAAAUCAGAGACGGUCAGUGAGUGGCGCGGCUAUACCCCCGACGGCGGUGUCCAACAGUCCGGGCGCGCCCACGACGCGUGCUGGGCGUCGUCGGCGAAAGAGCACCGGCUUUCCAGGCCUGGUGGCUCGCAGGAAUUCAAGGAAGAGAAACGACUCAAUAUCAGAGUCGCUUGGCAACAUACUCUCGCUCAAAUGGUGGAAGGAAAGAGGAAAGCCGUCGUCCACAGCGUCACUCCCCGCAGCAGCCGCGGGCCCGUCUGGUCUCACGGCGUAUCGAGACGAUGCUGAUGAGGACGAGCAGCAAAGCGGCGCACCAGCCGGCAGAAGACCUAAUGACUCCGCUGUAUGAUUACUUUGCACAAUUUCCUAGAGUUGGCGAGGCGAUUCAGGCGUACAAUAGAUAUACAUGGGCAUUGGAUAGCCAUUCGUUGGACACGACACAGUUUAUCUGGGAAAAAACUAUCAUUUGAUACCCAUUUCCUCUCCAUGCAGUUGCAAGAGAUGGCCCUCUUACUCUGUCAUAGCGAGCACUUGCUGCAGAUUCUAUUCUACCACGACGCCCCUUUGCGAUCAAGUUGGCGAUACCACUGUUUAUCCUUGCGGUCUUUCGAGAGGCAGGCCGUUGCCAGAAUAGAGACGGUAUCGAGGCC